AUGGAGGAGGAGGAAGAGGUGGAAGGAGGCUUAUCUCCCCGGGUCCACGUAUCCUGUACCCUCAAUCGUUUAAUGGCCUGCUUCCUCCCGCCAACCCGGCCCCCUUACCAACAGCUUCACCAAUCACUGAUCGAUGGCAGUGCGGUCGCCUAUUUGACUGGUCAGGGCCGUUCGUCUCCAGUUACACCUCACCUUUGCAUUCUCAGACCAAAUGAGGAUGGUUUCUUAUUGAACCCAUCCAGUUGGGAGACUGCAAAUCACCAUCAAUUCUGCGUCAACCUCGAAUUCACGGAUAACCAAUCACGUCUACCCUGUGGCAUAACCUUGACCAGGAACGAGACAGUGGUCGUUGUCAAGGCCGUGUUAGAGGUGCGAACGGACGCACGUGUCUGGCAGUCGACCCUUGACAUGCGUUUCGAUCUGACCUGCAGAGUCUUCACCAAAACCGCCAUGAAGGGCAGCUCCACCGCCCCCUUCUCCUCGCGCAGACGACAACCGUCAUUUGUGCGACAGGAAGGCAGUUGGUCAAAGCGACAGUCAGACCAGUGGAAUGUGGACAACAUACGACCCACUCCAAGUGCCUUUGACCUCUCCUUCGUUGUGGUGUCCGACGCAAAGAGGGUAGUUUCGAGGGUUCUCCUCGCAUCGCCAAUUCAACUCAAGGCCACUCUAUUUGACCCCACCGGCACAUUCACCACGUUUGUCGUCGAGUCGUGCCACGCCACGUUGGGGUCCAAUGCGGACUUGAUGUACGUCAACAUCAUCAACCGCGGGUGUCCCAACACGGCGUCGGGUUUUUCGGGGAGCUUCCUGACGUACGCGCUGUCCCAGAGAGGCAGGGAACAUGACCUUAGUGCCCCUUCCAUCAACCUUAGCCGAACGCCCCCGUCCGCCGCCUCCUCCUCCUCCUCCCUCAUAUCCAUCAUCUCCUCGCAAUUCCCCGCCUUCAUAAUCAGCAAGGAACAUCGUUAUCAUCAUCAGCAUUAUAAUGCAGAGGGAACCAAUAGGAAUGUCUCAUUUCGAAUCAACUCUUCCUCGUUCCAAGGCAACGCCAGCUCCGUUCGCGUAACAUUCACGUGUGGAUUUCGUCUGUGUGCUGUGCGGGCUUGGUGCGCUUUUGAGCGACCUUGCAGCAGGGACCCAGAGAAGAAUACCACCUUCCUGCCCCCGAAAGUCCACUUUGCUGUUCGGUCGCUCACUUUGGAGGUCGCGAACCCGACACCCAGGGAUCUGGACACUUUGAACUCUCAUGGUACUCAGGGCUGCUCGAGUGUGUUUUGUCAACCGCGGAUCCAGCUACUUCUCAUCAUGGCGUCACUCGGAGCGAUGCUCUGUCUGUCCAUGAUUUGUGGAUGCCUGGUGUCGCGCAACCACCACCUCUUUCGACCCAAGUCCGCGACAUCUUCGCUCUCCCUGCCCAACCUGACAUUCUGCGGGCCUCAUUCCGCCUUCCUUGCCGCCCGUCAUUCGGUCAAUUCCUCGAAGCCCUCUUCUAGUGGACCGCCUCAGUUCAUGACCACCUGCAGCGAAGACGUCUCCAUAUCCACGGCAUUUCUCCACCACGAGCCCGAACACAACUACAUCCAGUUCACCAACCCUCCACCACUUCCAUCCAUUUCAGCGGCGUGUCUCCAUGACCCUCACCAAAGCCUCCCGCGCACUAGGCAACUCCAGUACCACCAGGCUGUCAUUUCGUCAGCGCAGAUCGACAACAGAAGUGGACUGAUGUACGCCAAUGGUAAUGCGAACGACGCGAACCCAACCUUUUUGAUUCCCAUGUCUUCAAACCACCACCGACGCAACCACCUACGAGGCAAAACCGAGUGGAUUUGGGAAGGUGGGGAGGCGGUGGGUCACACGCCAACGUCUAUUUGCUCCACGACGUCUCCAGCCUUCGCCAUCACUCCGACAGCCGCGGUACAGAAGAACAAUCACGUCGCGCCAGUUGAUUCAUCGCCCAAACCAAGAAGCAGGUCCAUGAGCACCUACAAACUCGAGGAAUUCCUUGUCUAUGCUGGCCGAUUACCACCCACCACAUUAGGGGAGCUCGUGACUGACGGUUUUAUGCUCGCAUUGCAGGCGUGGUUGUUCGGUGUUGGAGAACAGACCGCUGUGUUUGAUACCCGCGACUGCCACCGUCAACUCGAUGACACACACGUUGAGUAA